UCCUCCCUUCUUCUCCCACAUUCCCAUUUCCCCUCCAAAAAAACAGAAGCAAAAAAAGCUUUCUUUCACCACAAAAAAAAAAAAAUGGAAACAACCGAUCACCAUAACUUCCUUAUGAGCUCCAAAGACACCAACUGGUACUUCUUCACCCUCCCCGCAUUCCUCGGCUCCCAAACCUUCCUCGGCGGCGGCGGCGGCGGCGAUGGCGACGCGUACUACCUCCUCUUCUCCCUCCUCGCCGCCUUCCUCUCCCUCGCCGCCGCCACCUGGCUCCUCACCCCCGGCGGCUCCGCAUGGCGCCACGGCCGCACCUCCCGCGUCCCGGCCCAAAUCCCAGGCCCGCGAGGACUCCCAAUAUUCGGCAGCCUCUUCGCCCUCAGCCGCGGCCUGGCCCACCGCACCCUGGCCUCCAUGGCUUGGGCCGGGCCCAACAACAAACAGCUCAUGGCCCUCAGCCUCGGCGGCUCCACCCGGCUCGUCGUCUCCUCCGACCCGGCCACGGCCCGCGAGAUCCUCACCUCGGUCGGCUUCGCGGACCGCCCCGUCAAGCGGUCGGCCCGCAGCCUCAUGUUCGAGCGCGCCAUCGGGUUCGCACCCAACGGCCCGUACUGGCGCCUCCUCCGGAAAAUCGCGUCGGCCCACCUCUUUUCCCCGCGCCGCGUCGCGGCGCACGAACCGAUGAGGCAGGCCGAGUGUGCCGCCAUGCUCGACGACGUCGCCGUCGAGCAGGCGGCGCGGGGACGCGUGGAGCUGCGUCCCCACCUCCAGCUGGCGUCGCUGAACAACAUAAUGGGGAGCGUCUUCGGGAAGCGGUACGACGCCGUGGAGGAUAAGUUCGAGCUGGACCGGCUGGAGGAGAUGGUUCGCGAAGGGUUCGACCUGUUGGGCGCGUUCAACUGGUCCGAUUACCUGCCCUGGCUCUGCUGGUUCUACGACCCGUGCAGGAUCAACGAGCGGUGCGCCGAGCUCGUGCCACGUGUCAGGGAACUCGUCCGAGGUAUCAUACAAGAGCACCGAGUCCGACUCGGUGGUGGACACGUGGACGGCGGCGAUGGGAGCGAUUUCGUCGACGUGUUGUUGUCGUUGGAAGGAGAGGAGAAGCUCGAGGAGGAUGACAUGAUCGCCGUCUUAUGGGAGAUGAUAUUCAGGGGAACCGAUACAACCGCGCUGCUGACCGAGUGGGUGAUGGCCGAGUUGGUCCUCCACCCGGAAAUCCAGCAGAAGCUGCGUGCCGAGCUGGACUCCAUAGCUGCUGACUUGUCGGAUGCUGACGUGGCGAAAUCGCCGUACCUUCAGGCCGUGGUGAAAGAGACGCUGCGGGUCCACCCGCCGGGCCCGCUCCUGUCGUGGGCCAGGCUGUCCACGUCGGACGUCCAGCUCAGCAACGGGAUGGUGGUCCCAGCCGGAACCACCGCGAUGGUGAACAUGUGGGCCAUCACCCACGACCCGGAGGUCUGGUCGGACCCGUUGGAGUUUCGGCCCGAGAGGUUCUUGGAGAAAGGCGGUGACGUGGAUGUGCGCGGUGGGGAUCUCAGGCUGGCUCCGUUUGGGGCUGGCCGGAGGGUCUGCCCGGGGAAGAAUCUGGGGAUGAACACGGUGGCGCUUUGGGUGGCGAGGCUGGUGAACCGGUUCGAGUGGAAGGAGGAUUCGGGCAGGCCGGUUUGUCUCGAUGAGGUGCUGAAGCUGUCGUGUGAGAUGAAGCACCCUUUGCAUGCUGUGGUCGUGGCUAGGAAGUAAAAGUGGUUUGUGGAUGGUUUGGAUUUGGUUUUGAAGUCCUUUAGGGUUGGUUUGUUAUGGGUUGGGUAGUUUGAUGGGUUUGGUAGUUGGUUGAUUGGAAGGCCUUAAUGGCGUGAUUAUGUUAUUUGCAACUAAGAAUUGCAAUUAGCAUGGAUUUAAGUUUAGUGUUUUAAGCUCUUUGUUUUUUAUUUUUAUCAUCUAGUCAAUGAAAAAGUUCCAAAGUUUUGGUCUUGCCAUCUCUCUCGUAAUAGUUGUUGUCGUUUGCCAUUACUGUGGAUCUAAUGCACGUCUUUUCGCUGCUGCAUGUCAACAUGCAUGCACGUGUUUCUUUGGGAUUUC